UGUGUCACGGAUUGGGGGUACUUGUACACAAGGAUGUUGACUUAUAAAAAUUUUGCCAAAACGGACGCGACAAGGAAUUCAAUAACAUCAUCCUACAAAAAAUGGCAAAUACUUCUCGGACAAUCAGAGCGCUCCCAGCACAACUGGAGGAUGCUACAGCCCUCGCCAGGGUGGAAUUGGAUGCGUUUUCCAACGACCCCGUGACUCGGCCCCUGUUUGGACCGCAUAACCCUGAAGGAUUUACAUUCCGAGCCAAGGAGCUUGCGGAGGGUAUAGCGAAGAAUGACCGGAAGACGCAUUAUAUCAAAGCUGUGCUGGGCGACGAUACGAUUGUCGGUAUGGCCAUAUGGCACUUCUAUCUCGACGAGGAGUCCAGCAAUGCUGUUGAGAGAGUGGACCUGGACAAGAAGGAAUGGGCCACUGGCGCGAAUGUGGAUGCGUGUAAGGAUUUCUUCAGACAGAUUUUUAAGAUGCGGGAUAGGAUGCGUGGGCAGAGACAUGCUUUCCUCAGUUGUUUCGCGACCGAAAUCGCCCACCAGGGUCUUGGUGCUGGCUCCGCAAUGUUACAAUAUGGCGUCGACAUUGCGGAUAAGGAGAAUCUCCCCGGGUGGCUGGAGUAAAGCCUGAAGGCUCACAAUUUGUAAAAGAAGUUUGGAUUCGAAGAUGUUGACUCAUUUACGUUUGAAACAAGCAAGUAUGGAGGAGAAGGGGGGAGACCCCUCUUUGGAAUGGUCAGGCCUGCGAGGCAAAAC